GCCCCCGUGCCCUCCAGAGGCCGUGAGCUCCAUAUAAAGGCAGCUUCUGGGUCUCCCUUCUCCUGGCGGGUCCUCGCGCUGUCAGUGUUUGCGCGGCCUCGGUCACCUCAAGUCAGUGCCAGUCAUGUAUCGAUACCUGGGAGAGUUGGUAUCCCGGGGCGGUGGUGCCCUGGCGUCCAGCGCCUCAGACGCCGCCCUACCAGCGGCCACAACCGGCUUUCUCCGCCGCUACAGUCAGGCCGUAGAUACCGAAGAUGACCCCAACUUCUUCAAGAUGGUGGAGGGCUUCUUCGACAGAGGCGCAGGUAUCGUGGAGGACAAGCUGGUGGAGGACUUAAAGACCCGAGAGACCGAGGAGCAGAAGCGGCACCGGGUGAGGGGUAUCCUGCGUAUCAUCAAGCCCUGCAACCACGUCCUGAGCGUCAGCUUUCCCAUCAAGCGGGACAACGGCGAGUGGGAGGUCAUCGAGGGCUACAGGGCGCAGCACAGCCAGCACCGGACUCCCUGCAAGGGAGGUAUUCGUUACAGCACAGAUGUUAGUGUUGAUGAAGUCAAAGCAUUGGCAUCUUUGAUGACUUAUAAAUGUGCAGUAGUAGAUGUGCCUUUUGGUGGAGCCAAAGCUGGUGUAAAAAUUAACACAAGGAAUUAUUCAGAUGCUGAAUUAGAGAAAAUAACUAGAAGAUUUACCAUAGAACUAGCAAAGAAAGGAUUCAUCGGCCCUGGUAUUGAUGUCCCUGCACCAGACAUGAGCACUGGAGAACGAGAGAUGUCCUGGAUUGCAGAUACUUAUGCCAAUACCAUUGGACACACAGAUAUCAAUGCUCAUGCUUGUGUGACUGGGAAGCCAAUAAGCCAAGGAGGUAUUCAUGGACGUAUAUCAGCCACUGGUCGAGGAGUCUUCCAUGGCAUUGAGAAUUUUAUUAAUGAAGCUUCGUACAUGAGCCAGUUGGGAAUGACUCCUGGCUUUGGUGACAAGACCUUUGUAAUACAGGGAUUUGGUAAUGUGGGUUUGCACUCCAUGAGGUAUCUCCACCGUUUUGGUGCCAAAUGUGUUGGCAUUGGUGAAAUUGAUGGCACAAUCUGGAACCCUAAUGGUAUUGACCCGAAAGAACUUGAAGAUUACAAACUGCAACAUGGAACUAUUGUUGGGUUCCCAAAAGCUCAGCCAUAUGAUGGAAGCAUCCUGGAAGCAGACUGUGACAUUCUUAUUCCUGCUGCCAGUGAGAAACAACUGACAAAGUCCAAUGCACACAGGAUAAAAGCCAAGAUUAUAGCAGAAGGUGCAAAUGGGCCUACAACUCCAGAAGCUGACAAAAUUUUCCUUGAGAGAAAUAUAAUGGUUAUUCCUGAUUUGUACCUAAAUGCUGGUGGUGUAACAGUAUCAUAUUUUGAGUGGCUGAAAAAUCUCAAUCAUGUCAGCUAUGGAAGAUUAACGUUCAAAUAUGAACGGGACUCCAACUAUCACUUGCUUAUGUCUGUCCAGGAAAGCUUAGAAAGAAAAUUUGGCAAACAUGGAGGAACUAUACCGGUUGUGCCAACAGCAGAAUUCCAAGCUAGAAUAUCAGGUGCGUCUGAGAAGGAUAUUGUACAUUCUGGCUUGGCAUACACUAUGGAGAGAUCUGCAAGGCAAAUUAUGCGCACUGCUAUGAAAUACAAUUUGGGAUUGGACUUGAGAACUGCCGCCUAUGUCAAUGCCAUAGAGAAAGUAUUCAAGGUGUACAACGAAGCUGGGUUGACUUUUACAUAGACGAGAGCAUUUAAAUGGCUGCCAUCCUAUUAAACAAAAAAAAAAUACGUUUACAUAUAACCACAAGACUUCUUUCUCUUCCUUUAUGCCUCAGUAUGAGGAAACUACAUUUUAAAAACUUCCGUCCGUGUCUUUAGUCAAUUAAAUGUUGUGCUAUUGGUUUAGGCUAAAACUCGUAGCCUAAAGCAUAAGGAUAGCAAGCUAAGCUUAGCUGACUAUUGACCCAUCAAAUUGUUUUUUUAUUAUAGCCAGUUACAUAACUAUAAAGUUUAUUUUUGCAACGCCACAAGGUUGAUAUGCAGUAGUAUGUGACAUGGUUACAUGUCAUUGUUCUAACUGGCCUGGAGACUUUUUUGUUUAGUUUGGCUUGCUGCAUAAUCUUCCUAGGUGUGGGAUUUUAUUUUUACUACAUUUUGGAUAUUUACAAUUUAGACGGACAUUGAAUAAAGUCUUCUACAAUUCACAAUUAGAGCUGGUAUUUACUUUAGGAAAACCAUUGCAGCCUGUAUAUUUGUUGCGUUAAACAUAACCGGCCUUGGAGUUUUUCAGGAAAGUCUUACUAUGACUUUUUGCACAUAUAACGUCUGCAGGCUUUAUCCCUUGACUUGCUGCUGAAAUGAAAUAUGGUGUAUUCAUAUUUCAAAAGUAAAAAUUAUAACAUCUAGAAUUUUAUUUCACUAGUAUAUGCAAAUGAACAAAGCUGGAAUACAUAGAAGCAUUUUUAAAAAAUAAUGUUGUACAGAACUGUAUCUACACAUCAGUCAUAAGGCAUGUUUUUUGUUAAUGUUUGUUUUUCUCCCCUUUUUGUUAAUGUGUUUUUUUUUUUUUUUUUUUUUUUUUUUUUUUUAUAUAUUUUGAGGCCUUUUACUUAAAAUGGCCAAGGUAGUAUAUAAUCCUGAAUUUUAUUUUCCAUUUAUAAACUUGUAUGUCUCAUUUUAUUCUUUACAUAAUUAUGUUGGCAUCUGCAACCACUCAAUAUAAGCAACUAGUAAUUCAGGAUUGUUUUAAACUAAUCCUACAGCAAUCUGCCACUAGUUUCAAAAGGUUUAGCAAACUGACUUGUUACGUUGGUCUUCUGCUUCUUAACUUUGUAACUGCAUGACCUUAAGACAUUUAUCAAAACUGUUAUUAAACAUCAUCCUUUCCAAAAA